AAACCCCUAUAAAAUGGAGGUUGUACUAUCAGAACCAACCCAACGGAGCUAAUUCGUUCCCGAGUGGCUUUCCUGUACUCACAAUGAAUAAUAAAGCCGUUUCUUAUCAUCAUCCUGUGCACUUUGUGCUUCUCCUCUUGUUAGCCAUUUCUCCUGACCAGUCUCUAUCUCAAUAUGAUGUUAAUUCACAAGCAUUCGAGUUCCUUCGUCAUUUUGAAGGAUGCAGAAAAGGUCAGGAUGUAGAGGGUCUGAAUGAAGUUAAACAAUAUCUCAACAAGUUCGGGUACACAAUUAGUAGUGGUGAAACGCAACACAUGAAUGAUGACGUGUUUGAUGACGUCUUGGAAUAUCAAAUCCAAGCUUAUCAAUCGAAUUAUCAUUUGGAGGUCACUGGAAUUUUAGAUGCUCAAACGGUGAAACAGAUGAUGGUGCCUAGGUGUGGAGGCUCAGACACGGUGUAUAGUACAACCUUCAUGGGAUCCAAUGAGAAGACGCAUAAUCAUCACCGAGAAAAAAGAGGCUCGACAGCUAUCAACGCGGCUUCAGAUCGCAGCUUCUUUCCUGAAAACCCACCAAAAAUAUGGUCGAAAACAAAACUCACUUAUCGAUUAAGCAAUGCUACGGCAGGUAACGUUGACACUCAAAUGUUAGAAUUUGUUUGUGCACGAGCUUUUGAGAAAUGGGCAGCUGUAAGUGAUUUCAAUUUUGAGAGAAGCGACGAUGCUGAUGAGGCAGCUGACAUUCAAAUUGAAUUCCGCAAAAGAAAUGAUAUUGGUGAUGAUCUCAUGGAUGGUCCUGGUGGAAUUCUCGCUUAUGCUUUUGCGCCAUUCGACGGAAGGAUUUACUACGACGCAGAUGAUGAAUGGAGGGCUAAUCCAUGGUCAAACAUGGACGACGACGACUUAGAAUCAGUUGCUAUGCACGAGAUAGGACAUGUAUUGGGCCUGGGACAUAGUUUCGAACCAAACUCGGUCAUGUUCCCUUUGUUCCCAGUUGGAACCACAAAGAGGCAUCUUCACGGAGAUGAUGUGCAAGCAAUACGAGCUUUAUACGAUUUCUGAUCGAUUCCUGUAUCGAUCUAAUAAUAAUGCAUACUAAAUGAUCUUAUAAGCAUGCACUUAAAUGAUCUAAUAAUAAUAUGCACUUAAAUGCUGCGCAGUUCAUUAUA